GUAACAAGGACACCUUAAAUUAAAGUGUGACCAAGUGUUGCAAUGAUAGAUAUAAGCUUUUUCAAUGGUGCUUUCAGAUAUGUGGACUUAUUUAGUUGUUUAUUGCUGACACAGAGUUUCAUGAUUGCCUGAAAUGCUGUUGUUUAGAUCAGAUGCUUAGAUCGAUAAAAGAAAGUUUGUUGUGAAAGCAUUGUUCAUCACACAAGAUGACAAAGGCUUGUGUUUGUGGUCAGAAGGAUCUGGUGCUGUGUUCAAAUGAGCGCGAGCAGUGCGCGUGUGACGUAGCGGAGCGCGCAGCUGGACAUCAAAGAGGAUAAAAGCGGCUGUCCACUGCUCCAAAAGCUCUUUUAGCGGAAGCAGAGAGCGUGUUUGUGCGUCUCUUUCAUCGGUGACCGGAUCAGGAAUGAUUUCAGCACCGCGGACAGCGACGGACCGAACAAAACUCCCGUACUGCCACGAAUCUUUCCAUAACCUUCAGGAGUUGAGACACAGUGCAUCUCUGGCCAAUAAGGUCUUCAUUCAGAGAGACUACACGGAUGGCACCGUCUGCAAGUUCCAGACCAAGUUCCCCUCCGAGUUAGACAGCAGGAUUGAGAGGACACUGUUUGAGGACACGGUGAAGACGCUGAAUAAUUACUAUGCAGAAGCGGAGAAGAUCGGAGGCCAGUCCUACCUCGAGGGAUGUCUGGCCUGCCUCACGGUUUACCUCAUAUUCCUGUGUAUCGAGACACGCUAUGAGAAGGUGCUGAAGAAGAUCUCGCGGUACAUCCAGGAGCAGAAUGAGAAGGUCUACGCUCCUCGAGGUCUCCUCAUCACAGACCCCAUAGAGAGAGGCAUGAGGGUUAUUGAGAUCAGUGUGUACGAGGAUCGCGGCUCCAGCGGUUCAAGCUCAGGAAGCAGCACAACCAGCAGCAGCGGACGAUGAUUCACACACACACACAAACACACACGUGUGACGCCUUCAUACUGACACCCGCUGAACAGACACGACAGCGUCCGCUCAGCAUCGCCAAACACAAACACACCUGACAUGAACUGCCUCCACGAGACACAUCAGCUGCUGGAUCAGCAGCGCGUCAUUACCUCAGUCAUUACCGCCACCUUCACUGCCCUGCAGCCACUGCACAUCCUCCAGUCACUCAGUGUAGCAUCCUGGGUAAAGCGCACAUGAGCUUCUGUCACUGUAAUAUUCACUCACAAACGCCUGUGAUGUAGCUGCCAAUCGGCACACGACAGUCUUCCAUCAUCACAAUUUUUCACCCUUUUUUGUUUGAGAAUUUAAUGAGCACUUUUACUCUAAUUAUUGAACAGAAGUCAGAUUUUAGACUGCGUAGAUGUCAAGGACUGAAAUCUAAGCCCAUAUAUUUUAUACAGGCCCCAGACACUGCCAUCUUAUUCCACGGGUACUAUUUAUGACUUGAUCAUUGUU